AUGCCUGCCGGCCCUCACCCCUGCCUGGCCGCCCUCUGCCUCCAUCUCCUGCUGGCCACUCAGCUCCUGCAGCCAUCGGAAGCCUAUUUCGGUCUGACAAGCAAGGAGUCUCUCUCGCUCUUCACCUCCCCAGCCCCUGUAAUCAGCAGCACCCACAGCCGACCCCACCUUAAACAGUGCGACCUGCUGCCCCUAACCCGGCGGCAGAGACGGCUGUGCCGCAAGGAGCCCGGGCUGGCCGAGGCGCUGAGGGAAGCCGUGCGUCUGGGAGUAGUAGAGUGUCAGUUCCAGCUGCGAAGUGAGCGUUGGAACUGCAGUCUGCAGGAAAGGGGGAAUCUCCUAAAACGAGGAUUUAAAGAGACAGCGUUCAUGUAUGCCAUUUCAGCUGCCUCCCUCACCCAUUCUCUAGCGAAGGCCUGCAGUGGGGGUAGAAUGGAGCGAUGUACCUGUGAUGACUCUCAGGGCCUGGAGAGCCAGCAAGCUUGGCAGUGGGGUGUUUGUGGGGACAACCUCCGGCACAGCACUCGUUUCCUUCAGAACUUUCUAAGACAGAAGAAAGGAGGCAGAGACGCAAGGGCCAAAAUGGAUCUGCAUAAUAGCAACGCUGGCAUAAAAGCUGUAAAGAGUGGAUUAAAGACCACAUGUAAAUGCCACGGGGUGUCCGGUUCCUGUGCUGUCCGCACGUGUUGGAAGCAACUCUCACCUUUCCAUGAAACAGGAGCUCUGCUGAAGGCCAAGUACGAAAAUGCCAUAAAGAUCCAUGGGGCCUCUAAUGAGGCAGUGGGAGGCCAUGAGAGCCUGGGACACACAUUUGGUGGUCGCCACGCCCGCUCUACUGACUUCUUGUAUCUGGAGGAGUCCCCCAACUUCUGCAGGCCAAGCCGCUUCUCUCCCGGCACGGCGGGACGGACAUGCUUGCGAGAAAACACUUGCGACAGCCUGUGCUGCGGCCGAGGAUACAACAUCCAAACUCGGAUGGUCACUUUUUCCUGCCACUGCCAAGUGCACUGGUGCUGCCAUGUAGAGUGCCAAAAGUGUGUUCAGCAACAGGAGACGUAUACAUGCAAACACUGA